CUCUCUCUCUCUCUCUCUCGGUAGGAGAAGAGCGACAGGCGGCGAGCGCAGCACUCACAGCGGGGACGUGGUUUGAAAUCCGAUCUGGGCUAAUUUUUUUUCCCCCUCUCCCCUCCUCCCGCUCCCCCUCCACAGUCCCGGAGCUCCAAACUGUUUAGCGGGAGUUCGUGAGUCCAGCAGUUCCACACAGAGGAGCGCCUGAGCAGAUCAGAUCAGAGUAGAGCAGAGAGAGACAGAGGAGCUCCCAUCACUCGGACCCGCGCACCUCCUCCACGUUCCCGGGACGAGAUGGUCUUGUGUGCUCUCUGAGGCUUUCUUCUCAACUCAGAGCGGCUGAAGGCGGCACGACGCGGAGACAGGAGCUGAAGUUGAUUCGGAUUUGCCCCGUGCUGAACGAACUGCUGAAUCUUCCGAGCAUCUUCAUCUGCCGGACCCCUUGGACUAUCCGCGUUCCCCAAGGAGCAGCUGUCAAAUUUACGGCGAUUUCUAAAAGCUGAGGAUUUACUGGCAACACGAGACAUUUCGGGUAGCAAGUGGACAAGGGACACUUGUCUGUGUGUGUGUGUGUGUGUGUGUGUGGCAGCACUCCGUUGACAUCAUGUGCAGGACUGUGGAAGAUGUGUGAGUGUGUCCGUGGCGAGAAGCCUGGGUCGCAACGGCCCCUGGCAGGCAUGAUGGCACUCUGCCUUCUCCUCUACCUCUUCACCAUCGUCCAAUCAGUGCACAGCGCUCAUCUGCCCUUGGUACAGCCCACAGACUGGCGGUCGAGCGAGACAGAGGCAGGGCCAUUGGAUGCCGGGGCAUUUUUAGAGGACUACCUGGUGGCCAUGGGGGACUCAUUGGAGCUUCAGUGUAAUGCACCCAACUUCAUGGUGUCUGUCACGUGGCAGAAAGACGGACGCAUCGUGCUCCUGGACAACCGCACCUGGCUAAGGCUUACGACUCUGCACAUAAACAAUGUCUCGUACGACGACUCAGGCGUCUACACCUGCAAAUACAAACAAAGCAACACACUGCUCAGCAACUACACUGUCCGAGUCACUGAUUCCCUCUCAUCCGGUGAUGAUGAAGAUUAUGAUGAGGAGCCAGACGAUGCAGGUAAUGGAAAUGCACCAUCCUGGACCCGCCCGGACCGGAUGGAGAAGAGGCUCUUGGCUGUCCCUGCUGCCAACACGGUGAAGUUCCGCUGUGCGGCGACUGGGAACCCCACCCCCACCAUUCACUGGCUGAAGAACGGAAAAGAGUUUAAGGGCGAGCAGAGGAUGGGCGGGAUUAAGUUGAGGCAUCUGCAGUGGAGUUUGGUAAUGGAGAGUGCUGUACCAUCAGACAGAGGCAACUACACAUGCGUAGUGCAGAAUAAAUAUGGGACCAUCACACACACUUAUCAGCUUGAUGUCCUGGAGCGUUCUCCUCACCGGCCCAUCCUGCAGGCAGGUCUGCCGGCCAAUCAGACAGUGGUGGUGGGCAGUGAUGUACAGUUCCACUGUAAGGUGUACAGUGAUGCACAGCCUCAUAUCCAAUGGCUUAAGCACAUCGAGGUGAACGGCAGUCGCUACGGCCCCAACGGAACACCCUACGUUACUGUUUUAAAGAAUCUGACUAGUAAGGAUAAGGAAUAUGUUAAUAGGCUCUCUUUAUUGAAUGUGACAAAGGACGAUGCAGGCCAGUACUGGUGCACAGGCUCCAACUUUUUAGGCAAGACUGAAAUGCCUUUCUGGCUCACAGUGCGCCAACCAGCCACUGAGAUAGACAAGGAAGAAGACUACGCCGACUUCCUAAUCUACGGAACGGGCUGCGUGCUUUUCAUCCUCACUGUCAUCAUCAUCAUCCUCUGCCGCAUGCGUAUGAACACGCAAAAGACGCUUCCCACACCUCCUGUACAAAAGCUCUCCAAAUUCCCCCUCAAGAGACAGGUAACAGUGUCCUUGGACUCCAAUUCCUCCAUGAAUUCGAACACCCCAUUGGUCAGGAUCGCCCGCCUGUCAUCCAGCGAUGGACCGAUGUUGCCUAACGUCUCUGAGCUAGAACUGCCAUCAGACCCCAAGUGGGAGUUUCCACGAUCGAGGCUAACACUAGGGAAAGCACUUGGUGAAGGCUGCUUCGGGCAAGUUGUGAUGGCUGAAGCCAUCAGUGUUGAUAAAGAGAAACCCAACAAGCCAAUCACAGUGGCAGUCAAGAUGCUCAAAGAUGAUGGCACAGACAAGGACCUGUCUGAUCUGGUGUCUGAAAUGGAGAUGAUGAAAAUGAUUGGCAAACACAAAAACAUCAUCAAUUUGCUUGGAGCAUGUACACAAGAUGGUCCUCUCUAUGUAUUGGUGGAAUAUGCCUCCAAAGGGAACCUGAGGGAAUAUCUGCGUGCCCGGAGGCCUCCCGGUAUGGACUACUCAUUCGACACCUGUAAGAUUCCAGACGAGAUUCUGACCUUUAAGGACCUGGUGUCCUGUGCCUACCAGGUAGCCAGAGGCAUGGAAUACCUGGCUUCUCAAAAGUGUAUCCAUAGAGACCUGGCGGCCAGGAACGUUCUGGUGACGGAGGAUAAUGUGAUGAAAAUUGCUGACUUUGGUCUGGCCAGAGAUGUGCACAACAUAGACUACUACAAAAAGACCACCAAUGGUCGUUUGCCCGUCAAAUGGAUGGCACCAGAGGCUCUAUUCGACCGGGUUUACACACACCAGAGCGACGUCUGGUCGUACGGAGUGUUGCUAUGGGAGAUCUUCACUCUGGGAGGAUCGCCGUACCCCGGCAUCCCCGUCGAGGAGCUCUUCAAGCUGCUCAAGGAGGGCCAUCGAAUGGACAAACCUGCCAACUGCACUCAUGAACUGUACAUGAUCAUGCGUGAGUGCUGGCAUGCCGUUCCUUCUCAGAGACCCACAUUCAGACAGCUGGUGGAGGACCAUGACCGGGUUCUGUCCAUGACAUCGACUGAUGAGUAUUUGGAUCUCUCAGUACCGUUCGAGCAGUACUCUCCCGCCUGUCCAGACUCCAACAGCACCUGCUCCUCUGGAGAUGACUCCGUGUUUGCUCACGAUCCCCUGCCUGACGAGCCAUGCCUCCCGAAACACCACCACAGCAACGGCGUCAUACGGACUUGAAAACACUCCAGCAUUAGCAUUCAUACGGGUGUAAACGGCUUCAACACGAAAACGGACAUCGGCACCCUGAAAUCCAUCAUAAAACCAGCAUUAAGAGAACGUAAACACCCUGAAGAGGAGGAAGGAGAGGGCUUAGGGGUAAAAGACAGGUCACCCUUCAAUCCAUUGAUAAACAUCCAGGAGGCUCAGUGACAUCAAGGCUACUACGCCAACAAGUCUUAUCUUCCUAAUGCUCUUCUUCAGUCUAAAAGCUGACAUUGAACUUUUUGGAAAAAAUCAUGCUUUUAAAAAUAAUUAUAAGAAAUAGAGAGAGAGAAUUCCUAUUUUUCUACUCUGCCAGUUUAUUUUUCCUUUAACGCUUGGCAUUUUGAAGGGUGAAACCAUUCCGUGCCUAUCGAUCAAACACAGAAACAAAUGAACAGUAAAGACAUAAUAGAGUGACACCCUCACUAAGUGUCAUUCCAUAUUGGACAACUUGGAGCCGAUGGGAAAAUAUUUGAUUUGAGUGAGAAUCAAACUUAAACCAUUGCUUCCAAACAUAUGGCCAGUUUUAUUUUUUUGUUGUUGUUACUUCUUUCUUUUUUUCACAAGAACUUUGUGACUGACAUGCCAAUCUUUUAAAGGAGAACAGUCCCAGAUGUGAGAUUUGCUUUUGAGGAAAUAUAAUUGUUUUUUUUUUGUUUUUUUGUUUUUUUUUAAUGUAUCUAGAUUUUCUAUUGUAAAUAUACAGAUAUAAAUAUGUAUCAUAUUCUAGUCCACAGCAGUGUAUGUAAAAGAAAAAGAAUUGAUUUAAAAAAAAAAAAAAAAAAGUUUAAAAAAACAAUGCAUUGCAAAUAAGCAUACAUUGUUUAGGUCAUGUAAACAUUUAAUCUUAAAAACAAGCUAAAGGUUUUAUUUGAAUUAACAUGUAUAUUUGUAAAGCUAUUUAUAGACUUAACAUUAUGAUUUUAAGGUCUAAAAUUAUAAUCUAGGGUUUUGGUACUGUAAACAAAGUUUUUUUUGUUUGUUUGUUUUUUUGGGGGGUUAAUUUUGUAAGUUAUUUACCACAGAGGUGCAUAGUUUUUCACAUCCAGUUGGUUUUUUUUUUUUUUUUGGUGGCUUUGUUUCUGAUUUAUUUUUCUUUUAUGUUUCCAUCUCUUUGUUUACAGUGGCAAGAAUGUAUAAACACUAUUGGCAAUAUAAGUACCAGCAUAAUGCCAUGAACCAGAAGUGGAGUUCUGAGAUGAAAUGAGAGUGCCACAUUGUGUUGACUGUGAUCUCAGUGUUAAUAUCUAGAAUACAGGGACCACACGUGAUUUUCUUCUCUGGAGAAGAAAUUGUCUGACUUCAGAGAAGUAAAGAAUUCAGCACUUGUUAGAGUUUAAUGUUAAAAAAAAAAAAACACCAUUAACUAACAUUUUAUAUACAUUUACACAAUUUCCUUACAACUACCUUAACAUUGUUUGCCCUAAAAAUAACUAAUGCAGGGAUUUUAAGUAUUACAGCAAAAUAAAUAAAUAAAUAAAUAAUUUACAGAAGGGACAGCCUUCUCAGAGAAUGUAUACACUGUGGUCCUGUAUGUCUCUCUUUGAUAUGAAGGAAUGCUUUGUGGUUAAACCCCAAAUGGCAUCAAUUACGAUAGUAGAACUUAUAUGGUCAAACCAUUUUAUGAAAGUGUGUUUUAGGAUUGCUUUUUCGUUAAUGCGCAAAGUAACUUGUGAAAUACUGCCAUUACUAUAUUUGUACCAAGUGCCAAAAUCUUCCAUCUGCCAAACUUUUUUCUGUUCUUAACUUAAUGUUACUGAGUCCAGAUUCUUUCUUCCUCCUCAAUCGGAGAGUGAUACGUGAUCGUCUCUCGCUUUGUGAAGUCAAGGUUUUGGUUGUGUCUCAGGGUGUCCUUAGACAGUUGUGCAUGAACUGGCAAUAAUGUAUAAAAAGAAAGAGACAAAGGAUGAGACAAGGAGAUGCACUUGCUGCUAAAAAACAAACAAACAAAAAGUAGAUUUCAUAUCUGAGGAGUGUAAAGCUCUUUCUCUGUCCCGUCAAGCGUAUUAUGACCGGCCCAUUUUCUAUUCAAGUGCCUGGCCCGAAGGGAGGGGUCGAUGUUUAGCUCGAGGUUUUGAAUGUACAGCCCCAACAGCAGUGAUAUAAGCAGGGUGUUUUUUUAAACACAUUUCAUAAAGCACUUCUUUACUGUUGUUGGAUUACAGUACCAAGACGUUUACUGGAAAGAUCCAGCUCUUCUUCUUCCAGUCGAAAGAAUUGUCCCAGCGCUCAGUGUUUUGUUUGGCAUUUUCCUUAUUUCUCCUUUAUAGCUCUCCUCUGUAUGACCUUUAACCUCUGGCUCACCUGCAGAAUGCCCCUAUACUCUACUACUGAAGGCCCUGCACCCCCACCAGCACCCUGAUGCUGGUCCUUAUUCCCCACAAAUAUUUAUUGUAUUUAUAAUUUAGUUUGUUUAGAUGUGCAUACAAGCGUGUUGCUUUAUGACACUUUUGUAAUCUUAAGAUGGAGGUAGUACUGAGACAUGUUCAGGGGUUGAAGAGGGUUUAAUUCCAGUGAAAAUGUUUACAUUCUCUUCCAGACAUCAUGCUUUUUCUCGCCGCUUUUUUGUUUUGUUUCCAAACCGGCUGGAAUGUUUAGCAAUAUGGUCUAAUGACCACAUUCUUAUUCAUUUGAUUUUUAAUGCGUCUUUCUUUUAGCUCUAUGUGAUAGUGCCAUUCAGCGCUUAUUAGAAAAUAUUACAGUUAAAUUACAUUUCUUUUUAUUUGCAGAUUACCAUGCAUUGAGUAGAUUUGAUAUAGGUCGAUAUGUUUUGGAACUAGGGGUGAAAGUGAUCUUUACAAUAUUUUUCCCACAAUAAGGAAGUUGGUCCAGCAAUGCAUUCCAUGUAGACUUUUUUUUUUUCAGGAAAUAAAGUUUGCUGAAUUAAAGUAGCAGGUCA